AGUUGGAUCAUGAAUUACAACUUGAUGGGAAAAGAUAUGAUAAUAGUCAAUGUGGAACAGUCUCCUGAUGCUAAAGAGAGUUUAUCACCAAGGCAAUCAUAUUAUCACAUACAAUCAAGACUUGAUUGUUUCUAUUUUACUGGUUUUCAAUUGGACCCAGUGUGAGAUUAUUGGAUUAGUCAUCAAUUCAAAUACCUGUGGAGCAGGUCCUGAACAAUUCUACUUUCUCAAGCUUGUUGCCAUUACGUUUUACAUGGAGGAAUUCUUUCAGUCAUUCAAAGAGAAGUGGUGGGACCCUUCCAAGGCUUUCCAGUACUUACAUGGUGUUGAAAUUUGUGGAGGUAUUGGCCCCACAAGAAAUGAUGAAGAGAGAGAAUCAUGUCAUCAUGGUACAUCUGAGUCAUGCCAGGAACAAAAGCAUGCAGAUGAAAUCAUUCUUGAAGAAAAAGUUAACGAUUAUGAGUCAUUGCAUGAGUGUACUGAUGAAGAGUGGCUGAAAUAUAUGUUAUCACUUAGCUCUGGGGCAUCAUCCCUAAACUCAGUUUCUCAUAGUCCUUGUGACACCACAAGAGCCAUGCUAGAGUACUCCCCAAGGAGGCCACCAUCUGCAUUAGAGGAAGCAGCCAGAGAAUUUACAGAGAAUACUUAUCAAGAGGAAUAUGCUAGUGCUAGACCUUUAUCUGAUAGUUCUGCAAAGUUACAGGCUGACUCUGAUGAGAUGUCAAGCAAUGAAGAAGGUUUACUGUCAAAGGAAAAUCAUCCUGACACAGAAACUGUGGCUGUGAAAGAUAGCCUUGAACAGAGAGACCAAGAGUUCAAACAAAGUAAACAGCCAAAUUGUAUAUGUGCUUGCCAUCAGAGAAAUGUAAUUAAUGUUAGGCAGUUGCAAGAUAAAAUUGAAGAUCUUCUUCAUAGACUAGGUCAGUUACAAGUUGAGAAUAUGUUCUAUCUGGAUCGUUGUCUUAAACAGGAGGAGAAAAUAACUCAGUUGAAAGAGAAUUUGACUCAAAUGGAAGAGGAAAAACAAGGACUUGAAUCUGAGGUGGGAAGACAGCUAUUUCUUGAAGACAAAAAUAAACGUCAAAGUAAGCUUUAUCAGCCAUUUACCGAACAUUGUCAUGAGCAGAUUAUGCCUAAUGCAGCCAGUGGUGAAGCAUACAUUGGUGAAGAUGGCUUCCCUUUAGAUUACACAUUCAAUGGACCUUUAUCUGAUAGUUCAGCAAAGUUACAGGCUGACUCUGAUGAGAUGUCAAGCAAUGAAGAAGGUUUACUGUCAAAGGAAAAUCAAGAUAAAAGUCAGGAUCUUCUCCAUAAACUAGAUCAGUUACAAGCUGAGAAUAUAUUCUAUGUGGAUCGUUGUCUUAAUCAAGAGAAGGAAAUGGCUCAGUUGAAAGAGAAUUUGACUCAAAUUGAAGAGGAAAAACAAGGACUUGAAUCUGAGGUGGGAAGACAGCUAUUUCUUGAAGACAAAAAUAAACGUCAAAGUAAGCUUUAUCAGCCAUUUACCGAACAUUGUCAUGAGCAGAUUAUGCCUAAUGCAGCCAGUGGUGCCUCUUUUCAUGUUACUGGUUUGGAUGGGGAACAACUUGAUAAAGCAGGUCCUUGCAACAAUUCAGAUAUUUACAAAGCUGACUCAUCAAGUGGGAGGUGUGGUUUUGCUUCAAGCUGUUCACAGUCUUCAUCCAGCUCUGCUGUUAAUGUGCAAUCUUUGACCAAAGAUUUGCACUCUGCUGAAAUAAUAACUGGAUUAAAUCCUGAUCAUCCUGCUUUGAAGGCAUGGAAAAAUUCUGGUGAAAGUGCAUAUGAUACCACAAGUGGUGGAGAGGAGAAGGAAGAAAGGUCUAUGCCUUUAUUACUGACAAGUGAAUGUUUUGAAAGUGAAGAAGAGGAACAAGGGUGUGCUUCCAAGGAAGAAGGAGGAAAAGAAGGCUCUGUUGACCUGGUUCCUCAACAAGUUGGAGAACCUGUGGUCCUGGGAGUGGAUAAUACAUUCUUGACAAGGCACUCUGUGGACAAACCUCUUUGUGGAAGUCUGUAUUACAACUAUGCUGAGAUGUUGGCUGAGGAUAUGGAUAGCAUGAUGAAUAUGAUUGACUCCAACCAAGCAAAACCAUACCUUGGUGACUGCCAGGCUGCUGCCAUGUCAGAUCCAUAUUACCAACCAUAUUCUUCAGCAUUUCCUCUGCCUAGUGAAGCAUACAUUGGUGAAGAUGGCUUCCCUUUAGAUUACACAUUCAAUGGUAAUUCUGUACUUCCACCUGGACCCUCAUCCAGCCAUGUUGGAGCUAGCAUGAGCCAAAAUGGGCAUUUGACAUCUUUGCAAAGAAGUGAUUUCCUUCAGUCAGGGUUCACUAGUUCAGGACUGACCUCUGACUUUCUGGGAACUACAGGACCUCAAAUGACACAUUCCGUAUUUGGUACUCAGAGUAACAUUGGCUUCACUGGAUCAACAUCAAUUUUACAUCCAGAGCCUUUGCAAAUGCAAACACCUUCAACCACAAAUGUAGGAUUAUUGGAGAGGUAUAAUGAGAUGCCAACCACCUGUAAUGUGGAUUCAUUAGACUCCACACACAACAGCCCUCAGGCCUUUGUACAAGGCGUUAGAGAUGCAUGGAUGAGGAUUUCAGCACAGUUCAGAAGAUGGUGGUGCACAUGUUCUGCUCAGUAUGACCAAGAUGCUAGCCCUGCAGUCUGUACAACUUGUCACAAGUAUCGUUAUCUAGGACAACCCAGGGUUCAGAGUUGCCACGAUGAGUGCUGCAUCUGCCACAUGGAUUUGUCUAGCGGUUUACUCAUUUUGCCAUGCUCACACAGGGCUCACAUGAAGUGUACUUUUUGGCUUAUACAACACAAUAUAUUACAUUGCCCGUCUUGCUUUGGUGUAUUUUUCCACCAAGGUAAUUGUGCUCCAAGGUGUAGUCCAAGGUUGUUCAAGUAGUAUUACUUCCAAUGAGUGAAUCACUCAAGUCAUGCCUGCAAAACAAGAUUUUGGUUCCUUUUUGAGGUUUCUUUGACAUAAACAGUCAAUCACAUCCAUUGCUUUUGUAUAGGAAUCUCCCCCUUCCUUAAAAAAGACUGGCAAAGCAUAUUGUAUUUUAAUUGUUAUUGGCAAUUAUCAAUUAAGAUGACAUAGGCAGAGGUGACAACUCUUAUGUGGUGGAGAUCUCACCUUCACUAUAAAGCAAGGAUUUGAUUAAUUGUGUAACCUUGUGAAACUCACUUGGCCAGCUUGUCUUGUUCUACCAAAGGAACUAUUUACUUUUACUUCAUUAUUCUAUACAUUUCCUGCAAAGUAUAAGUUCCCUUAGAAAUUUAGCGAAGAGCUUAUGUAGUAAAAGUAUAUUUAACCCUUUAACUCCCAAGAUCUCAUUAGUAAUUUUCCUUAUUCUCAUCAAUUAUCUGCUUGAUAUUGUAUUGAGAAAUUCUGUCUUGGUCACUCAUGGGAGUUAAAGGGUUAACGAGACCAAAUCAACGGCCGUGCAGGAGACCAGUGGAAGAUGUCAUGGCAUACUUGUUAACACACUUCUCAUUUUUUUGAGUUCAGGACAGAUCAUUGUAUAUUGUUCUCUGGCAAGACACCUACUCUCACAUUGCCUCCCUAUACUCAAGAUUCUAAAUCACCUGAAUCAUGCAGUUGACUUGGUUUUACUGCAUAUGACUAGAUUGCAUGGUGUAUACUGUAACAUAAUUUAUUGGUAACUAGAGGUUGGUGCUCAAAACUUCAUGUUGUGUGUUGCCAGUAACUAUGUUUGAUUUGUGUGUCUUCCAGUGGACCAUGCAUGCUUAGAGCACAGACUGGCCUUGAUGAGUGCUGCAUCUGCCAAAUAGUAAUUUUGUAGUUAUUACUAAGCAAAAAGUGAUGAGUCUUGAGGACAUCCAUUUCAACCUUAGUCCCUAACCCUCAGGCCUUUAACCUACACUUUCUACCAAUUUUCCAGUCAGAAUGUAUACUAUUAGUUAACUCAACUUCCAAAGUCCUUGAUAACUGUUCUUUGCCCCCUUGAA